CCUCGGAGUCGUCCUGCCUCGUAUUUACAGCAUGGCUGUGUUUUAUGAAGGGUUCACGUUGUGCGGACUCGCCGCCGGCCAGAGCCGGGAAAACUCGGGGCUACUCGGGAUAGAACCGGGGAGAGACCCCGACCAUGUCAUAGUGACGGGCGCGGGGAGGACUGUCACCGUGUACAAGGUUUCAGACCAGAAGCCUUUGGGCAGCUGGGCAGCUAAGCAGGGACAAGCAGUCACCUGCCCAGCUGUGCUGCACGGGCAGACUGGGGAGUAUGUGGUGGUGCAGGACAGCAAGGUACUGCGAAUAUGGAGGGAUGAAGAUAUAAAUUUUGAGAAAGUAUUUAAAGCCACACUCUCGGCCGCUGUGUCCCGGAUCCACGCCAUGCCCUCCUUGGAGCCCCUCGUUCUGUUCCAGAGGGGUGCAGUGCGACAGCUCGAUGCCCUGCUGGCGGCUCCACAGCAGGCAGUGGAAGAAGUCUUAUCAGAGGAAGAGGUCAUCAGGUGGAGCAGCUGUUUCUUGGAAGCGGAGCAGCCUCUCCUCCUGUUCUCCACAGAGAAGAGCGGGGAAUUUUUUCUGUAUUUACAAAAGCUCAAUCCAAAUGUUCUGCACAAGUACAGCAUUGAUUCAGAGGGAAAGGGGGCUUGUCCUAUUGGCUUCACUGCAACUCUUGAGAAUAAAUGCAUCACCCUGAUGUGCUUGUAUUCCAGUGGCUGUGUCUAUAAGCUGCUUGUCUCCCUGCACCCCAGUGUGGAGGGGGAGCAGCACCUGCCCAAGUCCCUGCUGCUGAAGCUGCCUGUAUCUGAGGGAGUCCUGAGCAGGGCUGCCAUCUCCUCCUUGGAGGAGGGGCACAUAGCCAUUGUAGGAGCACCGCACUCUGCAAGCACGGGUGACAGAGAUUUCCUCUGCAUCUGGAACACUAAUUUCCAGACGCUGCAAGCUUCAAAGGAGCUGGCUGGGGGAGCGUAUGGGCAGCUGUGGUGUAAUGCAGGGAAGCUGUAUGUAACUCACGGUAAGGUGCUGACAGUCCUCCCCUAUCACUGUGAGAUGUCAUCACUGGCUGCUGCCCUGGGAAAGCUGAAGCAGGCGAGCACGCAAGAGGCGUCGUCUCCUUCCGUGUUGAACUGGAAUUCUCUUCUCCAUGAAGAGACGGCGCUGCAGCAGAGAAAGGGAGGAGCAGGCAUGAGAACCCGGAAUAGUAAACUGAGUCAGAAGAGUCAGACUACAUUGACCACGACAGUCAACCAAGUGCUAGAAGACAUAAAGGGAGUUUCCAGUGAGGAGAUGGAGGAGGUGCUGGAGCCCUUCCUGUCGUGUUCCCCCGUCUCCCCGCAGUUCCAGUUCGGUCUCUCUCGCAUCGCAGUGGAGCUGCUGAAACGCUGCCAGGCCGACCCUGGCUUCUACCCACAGACUCUACUGGCGCGUCUCGCACAGACUGGCAGACUCUCCCACAGUUCAUGCCCCGGAUUCCUGAUGCUUGCGUUGGAGAAGCGCGAUUACUUCCUUGCACAGCUGUGUCUGCAGCAGUUCCCUGACGUUCCUGAGGCUGUCACCUGCGCCUGUCUGAAAGCCUUUCUCAGCGUUGCAGAUGCAGACCUGGCACCUGUGAGCGUGGACCUGGAGGGCGUCUCCCUCGUGGACGGCCCGGGACAGUCCCUGGAGGGUGUACAGAACGGGUUCAGCCCUGUCCUGCUGGAGGAGGACAGUUGCGAUGUCCAGCUCACUGACCCCAAACUGAACCAGAGCAGCUCCUGGACAGACGUGAGCCUGACCUGCCCAGUGGGACUGAAAAAGAGUGCUCUGCUUAAUGAAAUCCUGCGGUCCUCCUACAGUGAAAGCUUCCUCCUGCCUCAUUUGAAGGACCUCUCGUCUCAGCAAGUCAUUCUGUUUCUGCAGUACCUCCAGUAUCUGUAUGUGAGAUCUUCAGGGGACGUCUAUACACAGCUCCCCGGGCUAAGAGCACCAACAGUUACCCAGAUCAUGGACUGGGUAAGCUUGCUGCUAGAUGCACAUUUUACAGUCUUGGUAAUGGCACCAGAAGCCAAGGGGCUAUUAACACAACUCCACAGAUUUGUCAGGUCCCAGGUGAGGCUGUAUUCAGAGCUGGGGAAGAUCCAGGGAACUUUACAGGAACUCAGCAAAAUAAAUAAAGAGCAAGAGAUUGGCUUGUACUCCAUUGAGGUUAUUAAGCUGUUUUAAAACAAACUCUGUCUUGUGUGUGUUUCUAAGCGUAUUUGUCCCAUCACUUAAUAUUCUUUAUGCAUUUCAGCUGUAACAUGCUUCUUUUGAGAGGUACGUAGUAAAAUGUAAGCCCAGGUGUUCAAUGUCAUUGGGUCUGUAGCUCCUUGACUGAUCCGCAGUUACCAGUUCACUCGUAAAUGGUGGCUUGCUACGAACAUUAAUAUGUAAUUCACUGCCACUUCGACCAGCCGUUUUUUUACUCCGGUGCAAGGGGUCGUUUUAUCGAGUGAAGCCAAAUCCCUCACUGAUCACUCGACAUGUUAAUUACAUGAAGACAGUGUGCAGCUCAAUAUUGUGCAAAACAAUGUAAAAGCUACAAACAUUGCAUGAAAUUAAAGGUGUCCCCCUGCGAUGCCCAUGAUUUCUGUUAAUGGGGUCUUCAUGAAUCCGAUUUUGAAAAUGCUUUUAACUGUUUCCUUUUGGAAUGAGGGGGGCUGGGCUGUGCUGCCGGGAGGGAGGUGCAACGCCUGCAUUUGCAGUGUGUGUCAUUGUACAACUACAGGGGGCGCAGGGGCAGGAAGCUUCGUGUCACCCCCAGUGCAAGCUCUUUGAUUUCUCUCGUUUUCAAUACCUUCACCAGCUCAUUGCUGAAAUGUUACCUUUGUCAGAUUUGUGAAAA